AUGAAGCAGAAACUCAACUGUGAAGCCUGCGGGAAGGGCUACAAGCACGUGUCGUCGUUGGCAAAGCACCUUUGGGAACAUACGCCCGAGUGGAAGAUGACUAAGAAGUUUGUCAUGUCGAAACACCAACAAGUGCAAUUGCUUGAAGCAGCAUCUAUUUUGGUUGGUAUGAACGAGAAUGGCACGGAGGAGGGCCAGCUGGAACCCUCAAGCUUAAGAAUGCAAAGGCGGUUGUCUGCACGGGCGUUUCUGCCACAACAGCAGGACUCGCUUCGGUUCAACGACUCGUUUGGCACUUCCAACGGAUUUGAAGUUGAGUCUCACACUCAUACCCCUCUGGAGCGGUCGUUUUCGUUUUCGGACCACCCACCGCUGGCGGUCGAAAUAUCCAAGCUAUACCCGGGCCAUGUAGGUGGCUACAUCGACGUCCCUAGCCGUGAGUAUAUUAAGAAGCGAGAAGAGAAGAAGGAAGACGACUACGACUCAGACGAAGAGAUCAUUGGAAAGAUGGAGUGA